CUCUUACCAGCGUUCGAGUUCGUCCAAACACGGGGAUUCAAAAUCAAAUGGUAGUCCGCAUACGGUUUUUGUGCUUUAAGUGUGUUUUAUUGUAUAUGUGUUGUACAUUUUGCCCUGGAAUUGACUAAACAAGGACAGGGAAUGCUAUGCUAUUGCGAUGGACACUGCCCAGGAGACGAGCAGAACGGCACUUGCCUCGCGAAGCCUGGGUCGCAGUGCUUCGCUUCUGUCACGGCCGUGUUCAACAAGGAAACAAUGCAGUGGGAGCAGGAGAACUCCUACGGCUGUCUGCCACCGGACGAAAGAGGAUUCAUGCAGUGUAAGGGACAUUUAGUGCCCCACCAGACGAGAAAAUCGAUACAGUGCUGCAACAACUCGGACCUCUGCAACAAGUAUUUAAACCCACCUUUAACUAUUCCUAGAACAAAUAGUCCACCGACCCCAUCGAUAUUGCUUCACGACACUAUGCCGUACAUCGCACUUCUUGCCUCAUUUACUGUCUGCGUGAUUGUCUUCCUCCUCAUAAUCACCUUCUUUUAUUUAAAGUACAAAAAGAAGGAGGAAAGCGGGAAGUUGUACCUUGUCGAAGGAUCCAGAGAUGCAUACCUCACACAGUCACACACCUUGCAAGAUCUAAUAGAACAAAGUUCCGGCUCAGGUUCCGGGCUGCCUCUCCUUGUCCAACGUACAAUCGCCAAACAAAUUCAAAUGGUACAUUCUGUCGGUAAAGGGCGAUACGGCGAGGUAUGGCUUGCAAGAUGGCGAGGCGAAAAAGUCGCAGUCAAAGUUUUCUUCACAACCGAAGAGACUUCUUGGUUCAGGGAAACUGAGAUUUACCAGUCUGUGUUAAUGCGACAUGAUAACAUAUUAGGUUUUAUUGCGGCUGAUAUCAAAGGGAAUGGUUCGUGGACUCAAAUGCUACUCAUAACUGAUUACCAUGAGUUGGGAUCGCUAUAUGAUGUUUUGAGGACCACUGCUUUAGAUCCGCAAUCACUGCUUGUGUUGGCGAGAUCAGCCGCCAGUGGAAUCGCCCAUCUACACACGGAAAUUUUUGGCACAAGGGGAAAACCAGCGAUCGCGCACAGGGACAUCAAAUCGAGAAAUAUAUUGGUAAAAAGAAACGGAGAAUGCGCAAUUGCUGAUUUUGGACUCGCUGUAAGAUACAUGAGCGAAACCAAUGAAAUUGAUAUAACUCCGAACACAAGAGUCGGCACAAGGAGAUACAUGGCUCCCGAAGUUCUGAGUGAAACAAUGGACAUGAAAUCCUUCGAAGCGUUCAAAAUGGCCGACAUGUACGCUUUGAGUCUUGUAUUUUGGGAAAUGUGCCGACGAUGCGUUACAACAGGUGGAGGGGAUAAAUGGGGCUUCCAAGCCGAGGAGUAUGCCCUGCCGUACAACGAUGUCGUUCCUAAUGACCCGAGUUUUGACGAUAUGCAUUUAGUUGUGUGCGUUAAACAAAUAAGGCCUCAAAUACCAUUACGCUGGAGGGAUCAUCAGGUUACGAGCACUUUGGCGAAAAUUAUGCAAGAGUGCUGGCAUUCGAAUCCAGCAGUGAGGCUGACGUCGCUACGAGUUAAAAAGACGCUUCAUAAAAUCAGUCCUGACCCUAGCAUAAAGAUAAUUUAGUGUCUGUCCACGUGGAUACAUCCGACCCACCUUUUGUACAAAACCUCCCCCAUACUUUAAUGUACAGUAUUGUCUCAUAAAUACGAACCUGAUUUAUAAUCUGUAUUUCAUUUCUCGUGAUGUAUAAAGUGUACAUAACUUAUGUUUUGAAUUAUUUCCUGUUUUGGUUUUUUUUGUUGUCCUAAAUGCCCCCAACCCAUCAUCGCUCUCCUAAGACGAUCUGACGAUAUCCGCCCUGAAAGAAAAAAAAACAACCUUAAAUUAAACAUGUGCUUUUUGCAGUGCCUUACAUGAAAAUAGAUACAUAAAAAAAUACUAAGCUUGCGAAAUUUUAAAAUUUUAUACAAAUUAAUUUGUUUUCAAGCAAUUUCUGGAUGGACAGUAGGACAAAAAAUAUUUUAUACUAAAGGAAAUAAUUAUUUAAUAAAAAAAAUUAAUUAUGAAAAGAAAAAUAGACAAGAUGUGUAUAGAGAAUUUAUAAAUAUAAUGUAAUAUAAUUUAUUUGUUACUUAAUAUAUUAUUUAAUAUUGUAAAUAAUUCAUAUUAUUGUAGAAAGACUGAUUGUGCAAGAUACUAUACAAAUGUUUUCAACAAUUAUUAUUAUUAAGAAUUAUAUUUUCUCUUUUUUUAACAAUGGUUCAUUGUUAUCACGUGCUUUUGCCAUAAGUAAUUUUUUUUUUCAAUCCUAACUAGGAAUUUGUUCUGUAAACAAUUCCGUUUUGUGUGUCAUAUUAAUUGAAUAGUUUUUACUAGCUUUUUAAUUGAAAAUUUUUGUUCUUUGAUAGUGUUAAAAAAAAUUCAAUGCAAUUUAUGUUAGUCCAGUUGAAAAGUUCUCACAUGUAGCGGAUUAAUAAUUAGAAGUAUUAAUUAUUUUGUACAUAAAUGUACAAAUUUAAUUAUUUCUCUCUCAAAAAAUUAAUUGUGCCAAGGUUAGUGUAUAAGAAGUUGUGUCGUCUGAGUAAUAUAGCUUUAAAUUAACUAUACUUAAGAACUUUUUUGUUGUUGUUGUUAAAAGUACUGGAAAAACGUAUUUCAAUGAACAGUGCCUAGAGUACUCAAUUGUAUAUAACCUGGUAAUCGAUCAAUUUCUAAAACUUGUACUUCCUCAGGACUGAAAGCAAGCUCGACUAAUGUAUGAGUGUUCAAGCUUAACUGUGACUGUAAUGAGUUUCAGUACUCACCUUAAUAAAACAAUUUUUUUUCAUCUCUAU